AUGGGAAGCAACAAAGAUACAUCAAUCUUAGAAUCGAUGCGUGCAUUCCAUUGUGCAAUAGAAAAACUCUUUAGUGGAGGGCAGGAUGAAUUCAAUUCGCCUAAUAGUGACCUAAAGCUGGCAUAUGCAUUUAUCAAUGAAUGCAGGGGAAAACACAACGAGCAUGAAUUACUGACAGAGGCAAGGAGGCAAUUAAGAGACAUUGCCAAUGAGGCCGAGGAUGUUAUGGAUGCAUUGAAGGUUGAAAACCUGUGGAGGAGGAACUUGGUGUGGAAGAUAUCCUGCUACCCAAUGAUGUGUCAUGAUGCAGCAAAGAAGAUAGAGGGCUUCAACCAUAAAAUCAAUAAAAUCCUGGACACUGUACAAAGGUAUGAAGCGAAAGCUACUCCAGUUGCAGCAGUGGACGUUGCACUAGAAAGACAAUAUAGGAGGUUCGUUGAGGAAGAAGACGUGGUGGGCUUUGCUAUUGACUCUACAAAAUUGGAGAAGCAGCUUAUGGAAGGGGAUUCAAAGCUUGGUUUCAUUUCAAUCAUCGGCAUGGGAGGGUUGGGUAAGACCACUCUUGCUUGGAAGAUCUACAAUACUCUUAUCGUCAAGAGUCACUUUGUUUGCCGUCUAUGGGUGCAUGCAUCUUAUCAAUUCAGAACUAGAGACUUGCUGCUUGAAAUGUUAGAUCGGUUGGCGACACCAGAGUCUGAUGAAUCCAUGGGGGCACUCGAAGACACUAGGAGGAUAAAAAGAAGAAGGAUGAAUGGAAUCGAAGGCAUGAGUAAAGAGGAACUGAAAAAAAAAGUUGUUCAAAUACUUGGAAGGAAAGAGUUCUUGAUAAAAGAUGAAAGUUGGGAACUUUUUAGUAAGAAGUUGUUUCAAGGAGGAAAACUCCCCCCUAAGUUGGAAACUUUGGGAAGACAAAUCGCAAAAAGCUGUAAUGGCUUACCACUUUCAAUUGUGGAAUUAGGGGCCAGCCUCACAGCAGUUGAAGAGAAGACACACCGAACAUUAUCCAAAUAUAUUGGCAAUGUGAAUUCCUAUCUUUAUAGGAACACAAGAUGCAAGGACAUACUGUCCUUGAGCUACACCCUCUUGUCGCAACACUUGAAGUCAUGCUUUUUGUACUUUGGAGUAUACCCAGAAGAAUUUGAGAUCCCUAUAAGGCAAUUGAUCCAACUUUGGAUAGCCGAGGGAUUCAUACAACAUACUGGCUCUACAAACAUAGAGGUUGUUGCCGAAGACUACUUGGUUGAGCUGAAUGAUCAAAGCUUGAUCCAAGUGGCUAGCAGCAGGACAAAUGGAAGAGCAAAGACAUGUCGUAUUCAUGCUCUUCUACAAUGCAUCUCCAUUUACGAGGGCAAAGAAGAGAGGUUUCUUGAGGUAUUUGGACACGUUAAUCUUUUAUCUGAGAACAAAUCCCGUAGAAUUUCCAUCCAAUGUAGCACUCCUUGUUAUAUUUCUUCAAAUUUCUCUCACGACAUUAACGUGGUUGAAUUCGUUGAGGGGUGGUUGGCAGAUUCUGGUGCCAAUAGGCAUGUCUGUUAUGAUAAAGAUUGGUUCAAAAAUUUUAUUCCAUUUGAAGAAGAGAAAAAUAUUAUGCUUGGAGAUUCAAGUAAAACCAAAGUUAUUGGGAGUGGUGAGAUUGAGCUGAAAUUUACCUCUGGGCGUAUAUUGAUGCCCAAAGAUGCUCAAAGAUGUACUCUAUACAUAGUCUAUGAGAAAGAAUUUGACGUCAAGUUUUUUAUUCAACAAAGCGAGCUUUAA